AUACUUCAUAGCCAUAGCCAUGGCCAUAGCAUUCUCCAUCCAAUCAGCCUGAUUGUCAUUUGUUUAUCGGUCGACCACACCGUUUCGGUUCCAACCUCAGAGUUCGUGCGGAUACAUUUUUUUUAGACUAUUGUAAAAUAUGGAGAAAUCGAUGAAGACGAUGACUCUGGAGGAUAGCAGCAAUGGUCCUGAGCUGACUGAGCCUCAGGCAAAGAUCAUGAAGGCAAUUGAGGAUAACAACUUCCCUGAUUUCCAGCAGGUUCUGGAGGAGAACCCCAAACUGGAUGUAAACUUUUUAAACCAAGACAAGAUGACACCUCUGCAGCAGGCCUCCUACAGAUGCAAUGCUGACUUUGUGCGACUCCUGAUCCAAAGGGGUGCAGAUGUGAAUAAAUGUGAGCACGAACAUGAAUAUUCUGCUUUGCAUUUUGCAGCACUCUCUGGAAACAUUGAGUUGGUCCAUGUGCUUUUAGCAAAUGGUGUGAAGGUGAAUGCAACAAAUUCUAUAAACCGCACAGCAGCCCAAAUGGCAGCAUUUGUGGGCUACCAUCACAUUGUGACAACAAUCAACAAUUUUAUUCCCAAAUCUGAUGUGGAUUACUACACUGUUAUCCAUGGUCAAGAGAGUGCCCCACACUUAGAUCCUGAGCUGGCUGAAAACUUUUACAAUUUCUCUUUACUCUAUAAUCUGCACCCUGUGAAUAUUGCAAUGUCUCUUCAAUCUUAUGAAGGACUCUUGGAGAAUGUUGAUGAAGUGAGGAAAGUUUUCCAAAUGAUGUCUGAAAGGGAAAUGAAGAGGAAAGAGUCCAAUGAAGUUCUAUCAUUUAAAUUUUUCUACAUUUCAUACAUCCUAGGCGAGAUAAGCAAAUUGAUUAAAGCAAGGAAGGAGUCUAAUGCUAGCGAGGAGAAGAAUUUUAUUGAACUUUUCUCUAAGAAACUGUUGAAGUGCAAUAAGGAGGGUAACAUGGAGUACAUGGAGGCCUUCUUGAAAGAAUCUAUAAGGGAGUUUCCUUAUAUUGAUAGCACACUUUUCAGGCAGAUGGUUGCUUCGUUGGCCACCGACGGUGCUCCGUCUGCUCUUAGUGUGAUCACCGCUGCCAUUAAUGGACAAAGGGCUUUUAUGGAUGGUUGCAAAUGCGAAACCUGCGGCGAAGAGAGGCCUGCAAAGAAAUGCGCGAAAUGCAAAACCGUUUCUUACUGUGACAGAGAAUGCCAGAGAUUGCAUUGGUUUAUGCACAAGAAGACCUGCGCUCGUAUGGGCGCUGAAACUAUUACCAAAAACGUUGAUUCCAGGGAAAUCAGUUCCGAUUUGCAGGGUCUUUUACAAGGAAAUUGAUGUUUAUUCGUCAAUUGUGUUCAUCGUCGUAUAACACUAUUAUAUUUGUUUUCACAUCUUUUUCUACACUAUUCCUGGAUACCAUUGUUUCAAUGCCUUUACAAUGUUUCUUAGCAUUUAUAGACAUGUUAUGUGUUUGUGUACAAUACUACUUUUUCUCAUACAGAGAAGUUAAAUAAACUGAUACAUUUUGUA